AAAUACAGAACUCAAGAAUUGAUAAGCCAGCAGGCUUGCAUUUCUGGAUUCACUCCGAUGGGAACAUUCUCAAAUUUUGAUGGCAGAUUCCAGUCUUCCUUCCCAUUUCAGAGCCAAGGUUAUCCAGGUUUUCCUAUAUCAAUUGCAGCACUUGGUGGGAGCCAAAAUCAAAACCAGUGUUCAAUGAUUUUCACUGAAACUCAAGGAUUGGACAUGCCACAAAUGGAAGAAGUGUCACUAAUUCCAGAUGAAUUUGCAACAGCAUUGAGCAAUUAUGGAAGCCAAAACCGAGAAGCUGAAGUGAGACAACCUAUACCAGAUGCUUCAAUGGAUCAAAACAACCCAUGA